GAAAGAGAAAAUGGCUGAUAAGUGUCAUUUGUGUCUGCUGGGACUGAUCAUUCUCUCUUCACUUCUCACAGAUUUGAAGACAUGCAGAAAAUUACAACAUUUUUCAAAAAACAAUCAGACACUGCAAAUCAGGAGGAUAUAGGAGGCUCAAGAGAGAGAUCAAGCAUCAAAGAUGUGGUCAGUGAGGGUCAGGAUCCAGAAGGUACUCACCGCUCGCAAUCCAGUGAUCAAAUUGUGAGGUUAAGGGAAGAGAAUGAGACUGCAGAAGCCAGAAAAGACAAGGAUGACCUAGGUGACCUUGAGACAGGUCCUAAACAAGUGAAACUUGCCCAAUAUCCAAUGAGCUAUUUUAAGUUUCAAAUGAGAGCAUUCAAUUCAAAAUGGUAUGACAGUUUUGUCUGGCUUGAGUACUCAGUAGAAAAAGAUGCAGCAUUUUGCUACUGCUGUCGCCUUUUUGGAAAACAACAUACUCGAAUCAACAGUGACAAACUGCAGAAUCAGGGCUACAAAAAUUGGAAGAAAGCCCUCAGUUCAUUCAGAGAACAUGAAAAAACCGCUGUUCACGGUGCCAGCAUGGCCUCAUGGCAAGGCUUCAAGAGUACAAAAGAGUAUGGUGAUAUAUGCAUGCAACUGCACUCAGCCAGUAUAAAUGAAAUCCAGGAAAGGCGUGAAUACCUACGUCGCAUUGUUGCAAUAACAGGAUUUCUAGCAAGACAAGAUAUACCAUUUCGUGGGCAUAGUGAAAAAGAGAGCAGUGCAAAUCAAGGAAAUUUCUUAGAGUGCUUCAAACUACUGUCUCAGUUUGAUCCAUUCCUUCAGAAUUACACAGCUGCCUCUAAUUCAACAUAUCUCUCUCCAGUCUCUCAAAAUGAAUUCAUUCAGAGCUUUGCUGAAGAGGUUACUGAGGAGAUCAGAAAGGAAAUUAAGUUAUCUGGCAUGUAUGCUGUAAUGACAGAUGAGGCCAAAGAUGGCAAGACAGAACAAUUAGCUGUCUGCGUACGAUAUGUAAACUCAGAUGGUAAAGUGGUGGAACGUUUCCUGGGCCUUCAAGAACUAAAAAUUUUUGAUGCAAAGACAAUCACAAACACAAUUGAAGCACUGCUUGAUGCCAAUGAUUUGGGAAAUCUGACAUGUGUAGCUCAGACGUAUGACGGUGCGUCUGUGAUGAGCGGCGCAUCUGGUGGUGUACAGGCUCUAUUCCGAGCCAAUCACCCAGAAGCAAUUUACAUACACUGCUACGCACAUGAACUAAACCUUGUAUUGUGUUGCACAUGCAGGGCGGUUCAAGAAGCAGCAGAUUUUUUUGACUGCCUAGAAUGUGUUUACACAUUUUUCAACACCUCUCUAGUAAACCAUGAGAAGCUGAUUGCUGUACAAAAACAGCUUGGUCUACCUGGCCAUGAACUUGCUCAGCUUUCAAGAACUCGCUGGUCCUGCCAGCUUGCAUCUGUUACCGCAAUGCUUGAAAACUACAGUGCUGUCUUAACGUGUCUUGAAGAAAUUGGAACACCUGUUGCAGUAGGUCUCAGGAUGAAGUUGUGCAAGUUUUCUGUGGUCUACAUGAUGGUAAUGUUUGAGUGUCUGUUGUCCAUCACAGAUGGGUUGCACAAAUAUCUGCAAAGAGUAAGUCUGGAUUUGGCUGAAGCAGUAAUGUACAAAGAAGCUGUCUGCAACACGCUGAAGGCAAAACGAACUGAUGAAAUGGCACAGAGCCUGUACAACAGAGCAAAGGCUAUUUGUCAGGCAAAUGGCAGUGAUGGUCAAUCCUCAUCUCCGCGACGCAAACAAAAGCGAAUGAAAGAAUUUGUUGUUGAAUCAACUUGUGGUGCUGUUGGUACUGAUCUAGGAAGCUCCGACAAUCUGAAGAGACAUCUGUACUUCCCUUGUGUGGAUCGGAUGAUUAGUGAGCUCAGUCAAAGGUUUUCAAGUGUAGGAGAUAGUAUUCUGAAGGGUGUACAGGCCUGUCACCCAUCUUCAGUAACCUUCUUGUCACAGGAUCUGCUCAAUGAAGUUGCACUGCACUACAACAUAGCGCUUCGUGCAGAAGAAAUCUAUGUGGCAAAACAUUACCUGGCAAAAAAGAAUGAAGAAUGUAGCAUUCCAGAUAUACUCAGUGUAUACCUCCUGCUGGACUGUGACAUGUUCCCCUCUCUCAAAAAACUUUUUCAGAUUGUACUAACACUGCCUGUCAGCAGCUGUACAUGUGAACGAUCAUUUAGUGCCCUGAGACGCCUGCACACAUGGUUGAGGCGAACUAUGGGUCAGGAAAGACUUCACAACCUUGCUGUUCUUUCAAUUGAAAAGGAAUCUGUUAACUCAAUUGAGCCAGGAAGAGUAAUCGACAGAUUUGCUACACUCAAGUCAAGGAGACACACACUGAUUCUUCCACCUAAAAAAUAAGAGACAAAAAAUUAAAAUAUUGCUGUGAAAGACAUACAAACAGCAAUAGAGGAAAGACGACAAAGACAUGGCGAGAGAUUAACUAGACAUACAAACAAAAUAAAAUAAACAGACGAGACUGAGAUACCAGGACAAGAAAAUGAUAGACAAUUCACAGACAAUGAGAAAUGCAAUUGAAAUGCCAGAUAAGAAG